CGAUUAUUUUGGUAUCUUGAAACAACAUAUGUUUGAUGGUUCAGAUUUGCAAACAUAUCAUAUUGGAAUACGUUUAUGGAUAAGAGUUGUCCCAUUUCAAGAGUAAUACAUGGUUCCAUUUUUUUUUAUUGUGUUAGAAUAGUGAACCAACUUUAUGUUCAUUGCAUUCAAACAAGAAUUUUUUACACAGGAACAUCGAGCCAUUAUUAAAACGUUCAAUCGUCGUGUGAGGGAUCAUGAAGUCGAUCGCUUUCACAAUGAUACAUUUCACAUAUGGUUUGCAUCCUAUGUAUGUAACAUCGAGAAAUUUACAUAUAAUUUCAAGUUAAGUGACAUGUUAUGUGUUAGUGUUUAAUAUUUCAAAAUUUCCAUUACUAUAGGUGCAGUAGUUAAUAGCAACAGGAAAUAUGCAACUUUCUAAUGAGAUUAUGACACUAGCUAUGGGUCCGUCUAAGCAAGCCACUAGGUUCACAAGGUACAUUAUCAAUGGUACAAGGUAUCACACAAAGAAACGUGAACGAAGAGGAAAAAUUCAAAACAUUGGUGUUAUGCUAAAGGCACGUACUCAUAGUUAUGCUAGUUCAAGGGACAUGCAUCUCGUGGAAGGAGAUGUUACAUAUUAUGGAAUGAUGACUGAUAUUGUUGAACUAUAUUAUUUACCAGACUGUAAUUAUGUAUUAUUUAAGUGUGAUUGGGUCGAUUACAAUAGGGGUCUUGUCGAGCGGGAUGACAUUGGUUUUACACUAGUCAAUUUUAGAAAUUUGCUUUACACCAAGGGAUUGAUUUCUGAUGAACCAUUCAUCCCGGCAUCUCAAGCACAACAAGUCUUCUAUGUACAAGAUCCCAUUGAAGAAGAUUGGAAAAUAGUCAUCAAGAUGAAACGUAGAGAUUUAUUUGAAGUCUAUGGACAACAACCAAGAGAAGAUGCUAGGAUGCAACAUAACCAGUUGGAAGAAUAUGGGCAACAAGAUUUAGAUGAAACUGCUAUCGAUCAUGAUGACGACGACAUGGUCUAGGUUAAACAAGGUGUUGUUGGAACCACA